GCUGCAGGCGAUCGUGGCCGGCCGACACCCCAACCAGCAGCCCACGGCCAUCGUAGUGCAGCCCGGAGCCAGCCCAGGCGUCGCCACGGUGCUGCUCAAGGACGCGCGCGCCCAGCGCGAGGAGAACAUGAAGCAGCUGCUCGACGUCGCCAACAACCUCACUCUGCAGGAGCUGCACGACUUCGAGAUGAGGUACGGGUCGCCGCACCACAGCCGGUCGCAGAGCGUGAAGGCGGCGGGCAGCAGCCGGCCCACGUACCUGAGCCUGCCGCAGCAGCGGUCGCGCGUCGCCUCGAUGCCCAACACGGGCGUCGAGGAGGAGUACUACCGCCUGCGCCACUUCAGCAUCACCGGCAAGGGCGUCGUCAACCGCGGCGACUCGCUCAAGAGCCGCCGCUCGCGCUCCAACAACAGCGUCACCUCCAGCAACUCCAGCCACAGCACGGAGCACCUGACGGCGCAGCACUGCGGCUCCGCGCGCACCAGCGCCACGGCGUCGCUGGCGUCGAGCCGCGAGUCGAGCGCGGCGUCGCCUCCCGCCCCGCUGCGCGUCGUCAUGCUGGGCGCCGCCGGCGUCGGCAAGUCGUCGCUCGUGUCGCAGUUCAUGACCUCCGAGUACCUGCACGCCUACGACACCUCGCUCGAUGAUGAGUACGGAGAGAAGUCCGUCAGUGUGCUACUGGACGGCGAGGAGUCGGAACUGACGUUCAUCGACCACCCCUGCUCUGAAAUGUCGCCGGAGAACUGCGUCACGACGUACGACCCGCACGCGUUCUGCGUCGUCUACUCGACGGCGGAUCGCGGAAGCCUCCGGGUGGCCGAGGAAGUGCUGCAGUGCCUCUGGAAGAGCGACUCCAUCAGCACCAAGGCUGUCAUCCUGGUCGCCAACAAGACGGACCUCGUGCGCAGCAGGACCGUCACCACCGACGAGGGGAAGAGCAUGGCGACAUCGUACGACUGCAAGUUCAUCGAGACGUCGGUGGCCAUCAACCACAACGUGGACGAGCUGCUCGUGGGACUUUUGACGCAGAUACGGCUGAAGCGCGAAAACCCGGAGCGCGCCAGGGACCUCCUGCGCAAAAGGUCGAGCCGGAGGAGUCCGGCAGGCGGCAGCACCGGCGGCGGCGGAGCGGUGUCGUGCGGUACUAACAAGCCCUACCGCGGCGCGCGCACCUCCACCUCGCUUAAGGUGAAAGGCCUGCUAGGCCGCGUGUGGGCGAGGGACUCCAAGAGCAAGAGCUGCGAGAACCUGCACGUGCUCUGAGCGCCCACCGCGCCACCUCCUCGCGUAAAAGACAACAGUACAACACGCCGACAAGCUACGCUCUGAUUAAAACUACUUGUUAUUUGACCUUGAUCACUUGACACUACAACGCAGCGCUGCUUCUCGACUCAAACGACAGAGCGCGCUUUUCGCUCGCUGCGGUCGGUGACAGUCAAAUGGGCAGCAGCAAGUAUCCCGUAACUGGUUAUGUGUGCACACUACGCUGUUCGCAAACUGCAAGUGAAAUGGCGCUUUACUGCGGCACGUUGGUAACACCAAACAAUCUGUGAGUGACUUUUCGAAGGACUAAAUUCGAAGAUGUAAAUUGUCAACUGACAAGUAAAUUUUAAUCAGACUACCGUGACAGGACUCCCUGCUGCAGCCAAGGAAAAGAUAAAGUGCGAGUAACAACUACUCUCAGGACAAUCAGAGAAGCCGAACUCCCCCUCCACUUCCAAUCCCUUUGUUACUUCAUGACAAUGGUUCCAUACUCUUUGGAAAAUACAAAAUGUUAACAGCUUAUUCAAGAAAACUAAAACUUCGAAGAAUCGCCCAUUGUCGACAAAGCCAUGCCCUACUGGAGCAAUAUCUCCAUUGCAUUAUUAAGCGGCCACAUUAAACUUCCAGAUUGCAAGUUGAAACUUGAAAUUAAAUGUUCUAUCGGCAACAGAGAAACAUAAGCUACUGCCUCCUUUGGGCCACCUCCAUAGCAUCCGUGACGAGUUUACAAGAUCAGAAGACCUCCAACUCUCCACUGUGUUAUGGCAAAUCUACAUGUUAUUCUGCAAAAGUAGCACUUGCCGAAAAAUGUGAGGUUGAUAGAAAGGAUGGGUCACCAAGUGUUGUUUGGUGAACUAUAAGAAAGAAUAUGAGCAAAGGCGUAGGAUACAUGUGGGUUAAGCAUCGUGUUAUAUCGAAAUUGUAAAACCUUCUGAAAUUUUGCUUUCUCUUUUGCUUCCUCUGAAGUUACCAAUCCUCAUUUUUUUUAUUGUUUAUGAAAUGUAUGACCCUAAAGGGACUAUUUACCUCACUGUAGAAGACACCUGCAGGGAAGUUUUGCUUCAGGAAUGACUGCCACAAUGCUGUAUCUGCAGACAGUAAUUGAAACAGUGCAGCAGGGAUUCAGAUCACUGCACGAUGUGUUUCCAUGACUCAAGUUUACCUGUACAGUUAAGUAAAAACGGAAACCAUUCCCGUUUUAGUAACUGAACGUCAGGAAAAUAUUCUUUGUCAAGUUUUGGAUAGUUUAUAUAUGCUAUUAAUUUAAUAAAAUAUUUGUAAGGUUUUCUUAAUUUGUAGCUUUAAUACAUACUUUUGUACUCCAUUGCAGUUGAACUAUUUAUACUGUUAUUAUUUUUAUACCGUUUUGUACUUAUUAAUCUCUUAUUUUUAUAUUUACUAUCUGUGUGUUAUUUGUAAGAUCGUACAUGUAGAAGUAUAUAGUAUGAUGACUAGGACUUUAUGCUGUUUUUUUAUAAACCAACCAAUUAAGAUAGAACAUAAAGUUCCAUAUCAGCAGAGGAUAUUUGGAAGCUCAACAAAUACUCCAUUUCGGAUUCCCCAAAUGAAAUGUCAAAAAUUUCAAAAUUACUAAGAUCACUCUUAAUGGUAAUAUCAGCAUGUGAGGGAGGAACUGAAGUUUACCAACUCUGGAUCCUUUCCUCCACUUUUAUAUAGUGCUCCACUUAUUUGCAAUGUAAUGAAAUUCCAAUCAUUUUAUUUAUUUUAAUUUGUUGUAUUAAUUACAACCAAAAUCUUUUUGUACUCUCUUCAUUGAUCUGUCCAA